UCCUUCACUACAUUUCGUAGUAGAUGGGUCUUGCUAAUUUUCCCCAAGAGAAUAGCCUUUUCAUCCUUCCUCUUUUGCCCUCUCCCCUUAUUUUCCCGCCUUGCAAUUGUCCUUCCGCAUACAGAGAAGCGAGAGCUCCCGAAAGCUAGGGUUUCCAUCUUCUUGAAAAUGAUAGUCGACGAUUACAAGUUUCUGCAAAUAAAGGAUGCAACGGCCUGCAUUAAUCAGCAAGUCAAUCUCAUCGGUGUUGUGGUCGAGACCAGUGCUCCCAAACAAUCUAGAGGAAGCGAUCUGUUCUGCUCAGUAAAAAUCAUUGACGAAUCGUGGCCGCUUGGGUUUCACAUCAAGUUUUUUGCUGAAACUAGGGCGAAGCUCCCUUAUGUUGAUACUUUGGGCGAUAUAAUUAUAGUUACUCAUGUCGUGGUGCAAACUAUGGGUUCUGAGGUUGUUGCUUCGUUUAAGAAGAGAUCUUCGUCGUUCGCUUUAUUUGAAGGGAGGGAAUGUAGCGGUAAGGAAUUCGUGCCUUAUAAAUUUUCACCGAACUACAAACCCAGAGAUCAGGACAAGAAGUUCAUAACGGGGUUAAGGAAAUGGUGCAUGCAGCAAAAAGUCAAAGGCUUGAAUGAGUUGCCGUCAUUUAAAGAUAUCAAGGAAGGCAAACGCCUCAAUUUGCUCUGCAAGAUUUUGCACAUAUGUGAAGUGAAGAAGAACGAGUGGAUGCUCUUUGUUUGGGAUGGAACAGACACACCACCUCUUUCUGUUGAAGCGAAACUAGAAGAUGAGAUGGAAAAUCCACUUCCUUUAGAUUUGGACCCUUCUCCUUUACCAAGAGACAUUUUAUGUACCUUUCCAGCUGUCGGCACUGUCUUGAGGAUCAUUGUUGAUCAAGGAAACGAGAGUCUUGGUAUUAAGUUCUUGAAAACAAAUAAAUGGGUGAAAAUUAUCAGCGUAAAAUGUGAAAUUCGCGCUUCGCUGUGGCGUGCCGUGCUGAUGCCCUUCUCUAGGAUUUGCUACUUGCCCGAGCUUGAUACCUCUGUAGUACAACGUCAAAGAUUAUAUAACGAGCGUUUGCCAUCCACAUGGGGAAGAAUGCCGUUCACGUGUUUUCCUUGGCCUUCUUACAUAACAGAGACGGAGUAUCCCGAUGUGCCCUUUGUCACUUUGAUGAAUGUCCUCACGCACGAAGAGGUGACAUAUAAGUAUAGGUGUGUAGUUCGAGUUGUCGCAAUAUUCCCAUGGAGGGUGGAGGAUUUUCGCUCUCCUAGUGGUAUUUACAGACUGAGGUUAACUCUUGAGGACCCCACUGCAAGAAUUCAUGCUUUUCUCUAUGCAGAGGAUGGGACGAAAUUUUUCGGGGAUUUUGACUCGAUGGAUGUGCUGAGAGAAAAACGGGACAUGUUGCUUGGAGUUCCUGAAGAAGACAAAUCGCAGGAAGUGCAGAAAGUUUCGAGAAAUCCACCAUGGAUACAAUGUUGCUUGAAAUCUUACUACACUGACAAAAGUGAUGUUUGGGGUAGUAGGAAUUUUCGGAUCUUUGACACUACGUUUGUCGGCUGAUCACAAUUGUUACACUUUAAUUUCUCAGACUUGAGAAUGUAGAGCUGUAUAUUGUACUGAAUUGUAUGAAAUGUAGAGACUCUACUUAGGCUAUGGUGUUUGGCGUAAAGGCUGACAACAUAUGUAAAAUAUUUUGAAUGGUUUUGAAUGUAAAAUUUAUCAACCUUUAUGUGAGUCCAACUCUGAGACUCCACACGUUUUCAGGUUCUGAUUUUAUUGAUACUACACCAGGAGAAAUAUAUUGGGCAACGAUAAAUUUUGCAGUGUU